AAUACCCAUUUUAAUGAAGAUGGUAGUUACUAUUACAAAACCACCACCUGUACAAGGUGUAUACAGCAGUUACCAGCAUGUUAUAGAAUGUUGGUUUCCUAUUUCUUUAUCAAAUUACACCUUCUCCUUGUUCAACUUUACAGCUAACUUCUUUUCUUGUGCUUUCUGAUCUCUAUUAUUCUUCCUUUUACUUGUUGUAUACUUGCAUUGUGUUCCAGCACUUUGAUCAUCCUUGAUGUUCUGAUACAGGGCACACUGGUCAUUUCUCUCUCUCUCUCCCUCCCUCUCUCUCUUUUUCUCUCCCUCUCUCUCAGUAGAUUACAAAAUAUGUCUUGUCUGAUGUCUUCAAUAAAACACUAGUAUAUAAUUCAGCAAAUAGAGCUUUCUUGAUUAUAUAUGUGUGUAUAUAUUUUCCAGAUUUCUUUGGGUCUGAGAGAUGCCCAUUUCUUCUUAGAUUUAGAAUUUAUCAUAUGCCAUUUUUUAUCUGAGAUACAUACAUAUAUAUACACAGACUUGAAAUAUCCUUGAUUUUGGUCUCUUUCUCUUUAGAUAUAAAUUUAAUAUAUUGGUAUCUGUCAAUGUUUGAAUCCAAGAGGGCUUAUAAGUUCUGAGUUACUGAGCAAAUCUUGAAAAAAGUUGAGAUUUUUAUUAUUCUUGAUUGGUGAAUGGAUUGAAUUAAGGGUGGAAAUGAAGUAGGUGGUGUUAAUGAAAAGCAUUUUCAUGAGGGUUUUAUUUUGCAAGAUCCAUUGUCCUUCAUUCAUUUGCUUCUGCAAGCCUUCUGCUGCUGCUCAUCUUUACACUUCUGGACCCUUGAAAUUGGAUAAUACCCCACAUGUCCUUCCUCUAGGAGCUGAGCCUCUUACUACUGCUGCUGCUACUGAUGAUAAUACUAAUAGCGCUGAUCAGGAUAAGAGUUGUGUAGAUGAUGACAAGUUGCAAAAAGAAUCAGAAGUUCUUGUUCUUAGGAGCUGUAUUAGAAGAAAUAAGGAGGCUGCUUCGGAACCAACUCAUGAUGUCGAAAAGAAGAGUGUGCAAUGGGUGGAUAAUAUAGGCAAAGACCUUGCCGAUAUCAAAGAGUUUGAAUCCAGUGAAAUCUGGGAUAUUGACUAUGAUGAAGAUAGCAGAGGUUGUGUUUGUGUCAUUCUUUGAUGCCUGCUAUAUUGGCCUAUUCUUCAAUUUUUUUGUUACGGUUACAAAAUUCCCGAAGAUGCAAAGCAUAACAAAAGGAGACUUAGCACAUACAUGGAAUAUACUGGGGUUGCAUCGAAGCUGAAAUCUGUCAUUAAAUUAUUUUCUUAUUUUGCUGCUGCUGGCUGGCAUAUAUAAUAAUUUCUGCGGAGAAUAGGCCCGGGUACUCCUGUGCCUUCACGAGAAUAUGAACAUACUGUUUCCUGCUAGUCUUGUGUUUUAUUCUUACACUUAUAAUGGAAUCACAGUUAAUUUGAUCGUUC